UGUUGGUAAAAACUAUUUUUGUCAUUUUAUUUUAUUUAUUUAUUUGCAGAACCAGUGUCAUUUAAGGGUUUCAGGUCUUUCUUGUAGAAAAUAUAUGGGACUCUGGACACUGGUAUCUGCUGCCCUCUACUGGCAAACAGUGGGAACAGCAUGAGAAGCAGCUGCUUCCUGCAUCAAACUGAACUCACAGAGAAAAGCUUGAAGUGCUGAAGCCAACACUUAUUACAGCGUCCUCCUGAGUCAGAGGCAUUCAGCUAUCCCUCCUUUCUUUUGUCUUUUCACGUGUUAACUUUGUCAGAUUUGUCCUCAUGUCUUCAAAGUAGCAGCAGACAAGGUUCCCAUGGUUAUCACUCUCAGCCCAGCUACUGUCCAAAGCAAGAAACAAGCGAGCAUGUAUCCAGCACACAUAGAAAUAUUACAUGACAUAGUUUCCCUCCCACUUGUUCUCUGGUGAGCGGUUGUGGUUUUGCACAGCAAUAAGACAAAAGAAAAAACGCUGUUGGGAAACCACACUGGGUCUACAGAUCAAAUUGAGAAAUAAUCAGACUGAAGUUGCUCAAUGAUAAUAAUCCUGACGCUCAAUCGGCUCUCUGUCGUUCUGAGGUUUGUGUGAUUCAGAGUGGAACAAAAGAGCAGUAAGAGUCACACAGGCAGCAUCAGUCUGUGGUUUCUGCUUUUGUUACUCUGUUUUCUACUAAUUUCUUUGAGCUACAGUUCUGUUUUUGAGAGAUGGAUUAGGGAACUUGUUUUGUAUGUAGUAGUAUUUGGAGUUUCUUAUUGUUUUCAUGCUUUGCUUUAGUAAUUUAUUGAGUGUUAAUGAAUGUGUGGUCAGAUAUAGAGACGACUAUUCAGUCGACUUUCUUCCCAAUAAUCUUCCCAUGUUUUUCCCAUGAUUGAUAGGAAAAGAACAGCUGCUGCAAUGUAAUCCAAUGGACAAACGUCCACUACAGUUCUUAUUUCCUACAGAGACAGAGCUUUUUAUCAAAGAGUCAGAUCCUUUUAGUUUAACCAGAAACAUCACUAUAUAUCUAUAUAUAGAUAUACCAGACUCCAUUGACAAAAACAGGAAUUUAAGAGAGGAGAACACAGGAGCUGCUUGAGUACUGCUGCCUUGAUUUACUUGCAAAAACUUGAAUAAUGUUGCUUUUCUGUUUUGACCUUUAGCUGCUGAGGACUAACGUCUCAGCACUGACCCUCGACCAGCGUCUAAUCCCCUCUGUGCCCCUCCCACCCAGAGCAUAAAACCACCUAUGAGGAGAUGACUACAUUUCCCUCUCCUUCUCCUCAGCACCAUGUUUCCUCUGCAGCUGCUCGCUCUGCUCUUCAUCUGCACACUGAGACACGACCCGAGAGAGAAGAAGAGGAGGCAGAAAGAGGAGGAGGAAGAGGAGGAGGUGGAGGCUGACGGACAGAGAGGAGAGAGUAAAUAUGACCUGGUUUUCAGGAGGGGGGACCUGCUGGAGGUGCCCAGGACUCUGUUCAUACACUUUGGGAUUUACCUGGGGGGAGGCAGAGUAGUUCAUUUCAUACCAGACAUCAUGCCCGUCGUCUCCAGGGACAAGUGUCGGAUCAAACAGAUGGUCACCAACAUCCGACUCCUGCUGGGAGUCCUGGCCAAGUGUGGCAGUGUGAGGGUGGACUCAGUGGAGGACUUCGCCUACGGAUCAGAGAUCCUCAUUAACACCAUGGACAAGGUGUGCAGCUGUCCGGCGCUGCAGGGGGAGGAGGUGGCCAGGAGGGCGGAGAAGCUGCAGGGCGACGUGUCCUACAGUCUGCUGUGGUACAACUGCGAACACUUCGUCAUGUACUGUCGAUACGGCACCGUCAUGAGCUUCCAGACGUUUCAGUUCUGUAAGACCCUGAGGAAGCUGUUGCUGAGCCGACGUGUUGCCAAGGUGACGGCGUUGCUGGGGGCGUGUCUGCUCCUCUACCUGAGACCCGUGAGCACCUGCUCGGCCCUGCUGGCCGUCCUGGUGCCCUUCCUCAUCUGGAUGGCCUCGUAAACGAGCCCACGGAGAGACCGACCACCGGAGGAGCUCUCAGUCUGCAGCUGAACAUUUUACUCACUCUGAGAAUAAUCUGUAAAAAUGUAAAUCUAUGGCCGGAGGCUAAUAAAGAUUGUAUUUUUAUGAAAGUCUUGUUGUAUCUGAAGGUUGAGGAGUCGUUACUGAUAUUUAUAGCGGUUUAUUUUGAAUUU